AUGGAAGGUGGCAACGGUAACCAAGCUGUGAACGAUAACCAAGCUGUCAAUGUUGAUCUUACUCUCAGACUGGGAGUUGCAAAUGUGGAUGACAAUGCAUUAAAUAAUAAUCAGGUAAACCGUGCACCCCCCGCGCGUAGACGAAGGGGCGAGCAGGAAGAAGCAAAAGUCUGCGACGAAUGCAGAACCGACAACACUCCUCUUUGGAGGAAAGGCCCUAAUGGCCCUCAAACCUUGUGCAACGCAUGCGGGUUACGACAUGCCCGAGCUUUGAGAAGAAAUGCUGAGCAAAAUUAG